AUGAAGAAGCCAGAGGAUGACAUGGCAUUAUGUCCAUAUUAGGGCGUGUAGUUAGACUGUCACUUUCUCACCAAGAGUGGCACUUUAACAUGCUGCCCAGUUACCUCUGGCACCUCCACUAAAUGUUUCCAUGGCUUUAUAUGGACGAGCCCCAGCAUCAAACAUUCUAUCCAGAGAGAGGCAGAGAGAGAGAGGGAAAGAAAGAGAGGAGUUGAACACAAUAUGCGUCAGCAACAUCACCUUUGAUGUUUGCAAGGCUUUCUUUCUUGCGCUAUCUUUCCCUUUCUCUGCCUCUGUUCAGCUCAUUUCUCCUGCACAUCUGUCCUAUUUAGGCAUUGACAUGAUACAAUCUGGAUCCCUGGAAGAACUCCAUCGUAGAAAGAGAAAGAGGGGGAAAACCUGUCUGGUGUUCUGUCCUCCCCUGCAGAUGUCAGGACUCCUCAUCCCCCCUUUCUAGAGAGAGCGAAAGAGAAAAAUAGAGAGAGAGAGAGCAAGAGAGAGCAGUAAACGAAGGCCACUGGUGGUGGCUCCUCUAUUCCUAGUCUCUAGUGGUACACCGUAUACCCGGGGUAUUGGGGAAAAAGCCAUGGGUUGGUUUUUCAAUACCGUCAAAACUAUUUAUUUGAAGUUCUUCAAUUAAUGUUCAUAUUUGUAGCUACAUUUUAAAUAAAUACCAGCAGUCAACUUGUGCAAUACGUUAGGAGAUAAAGCAGAUUGCGUUCUUCAUUUCACCUUACCGUAGUUCCCAGUUGAGCCAGUCAUGUGUUUGUUUGUAAAUAGCACAACGGGAGAAAGCAGGAGCUGGUGAGUCCAUAGCGUUCUACAUCUAUCUAUUGGUUAGUCUUUAUUGUGCGGUGCACAUGAGGUGAUGAAGUUACACUUGUAUGCAAUUCACUACUAAAUGUUUGCCAUCAGAUAUCUUAUAAUGGCUUUCUGCCAGACGUGGUCCUCUGUAGCUCAAUUGGUAGAGCAUGGCGCUUGUAACGCCAGGGUAGUGGGUUCGAUCCCCGGGACCACCCAUACGUAAAAAUGUAUGCGCACAUGACUGUAAGUCGCUUUGGAUAAAAGCAUCUGCUAAAUGGCAUAUUAUAUUAUAAAGAGAUCUGGAUAAGUUAUCUGUACAGCUGACAUUUCUUACCUGUGCUUCCUACUAGUGUUUUUUCUCCUCUGUUCUCCCCUCUGCUCAGUGUACACAUUCUGCUUUUCCUUCAGAAAAGCAUGCAUCACAACUUUGUUCAGUUGCACAAUUUCUGUCGUUGACAUUCGCUUGUAAAUAUCCACACUCACCGAAAAUUACAUUUGGUAGCUACUAGCUAUGCUUGUAUAACUUUAUGAGCUGGAUUUGCCUGUCUUUGCAAUUAGUUUGUUAGUUUUCGCUCGUUAGCAUUUAGCUACUGGUGUCUAUGUGAUUUAGCUUUUACCUGUACUAAUUUCUUGGAACAGCGUUUUGGACAAACCCAACCCAUGGCUUGGCCUGGUGUAAAGCUCUCUCACAACCUCUCGCCUCUUCCUCUCUCCUCACAGUAAAAACUGUUCCAUGCAUUAGAGUAGACAUUAAUCCGGUUGCUUCAGAACUUCAUAGUGCCAGGAUCCUCUGAGCCUUCUGGAUUUCCAUGUCUCAUUAAAUGAACAAAACAAUGUGUUUUAUCUCCAACCACACCCCCUGGCCACUCUCUCUCUCACUCUCCUCACAGUGAAACUGCAGGGUAAAGGUAAUACGAUGUGUAAAUCCUGUGAUUUCAAUCAAAUGAACUAAAGGAAAGUCAGUCAAGUCAUUCCCCACUGGGCUGUUCUGGGCUGUUCUCUACCCAUAGAUCCUGAUAUACAUCAUCCCUCACCCUUUGACCUGGAAGAAUUUAGAAACAGAACAUCCUAAGCCAGCAAUGUACAGUGCAUUGUAAUGUAUUUAAAUUGUAAUGUACAGUGAGGGAAAAAAGUAUUUGAUCCCCUGCUGAUUUUGUACGUUUUCCCACUGACAACGACAUGAUCAGUCUAUAAUUUUAAUGGUAGGUUUAUUUGAACAGUGAGAGACAGAAUAACAACAACAAAAUCCAGAAAAACGCAUGUCAAAAAUGUUAUAAAUUGAUUUGCAUUUUAAUGAGGGAAAUAAGUAUUUGACCCCUCUGCAAAACAUGACUUUGUACUUGGUGGCGAAAACCUUGUUGGCAAUCACAGAGGUCAGACGUUUCUUGUAGUUGGCCACCAGGUUUGCACACAUCUCAGGAGGGAUUUUGUUCCACUCCUCUUUGCAGAUCUUCUCCAAGUCAUUAAGGUUUCGAGGCUGACGUUUGGCAACUCGAACCUUCAGCUCCCUCCACAGAUUUUCUAUGGGAUUAAGGUCUGGAGACUGGCUAGGCCACUCCAGGACCUUAAUGUGCUUCUUCUUGAGCCACUCCUUUGUUGCCUUGGCCGUGUGUUUUGGGUCAUUGUCAUGCUGGAAUACCCAUCCACGACCCAUUUUCAAUGCCCUGGCUGAGGGAAAAUCACCCAAGCUUUGACGGUACAUGGCCCCGUCCAUUGUCCCUUUGAUGCGGUGAAGUUGUCCUGUGCCCUUAGCAGAAAAACACCCCCAAAGCAUAAUGUUUCCACCUCCAUGUUUGAUGGUGGGGAUGGUGUUCUUGGGGUCAUAGGCAGCUUUCCUCCUCCUCCAAACACGGCGAGUUGAGAUUAUGCCAACGAGCUCGAUUUUGGUCUCAUCUGACCACAACACUUUCACCCAGAUCUCCUCUGAAUCAUUGGCAAACUUCAGACGGCCCUGUAUAUGUGCUUUCUUCAGCAGGGGGACCUUGCGGGCGCUGCAGGAUUUCAGUCCUUCACAGCGUAGUGUGUUACCAAUUGUUUUCUUGGUGACUAUGGUCCCAGCUGCCUUGAGAUCAUUGACAAGAUCCUCCCGUGUAGUUCUGGGCUGAUUCCUCACCGUUCUCAUGAUCAUUGCAACUCCACGAGAUGAGAUCUUGCAUGGAGCCCCAGGCCGAGGGAGAUUGACAGUUAUUUUGUGUUUCUUCCAUUUGCGAAUAAUCGCACCAACUGUUGUCACCUUCUCACCAAGCUGCUUGGCGAUGAUCUUGUAGCCCAUUCCAGCCUUAUGUAGGUCUACAAUCUUGUCCCUGACAUCCUUGGAGAGCUCUUUGGUCUUGGCCAUGGUGGAUUUUUUGGAAUCUGAUUGAUUGAUUGCUUCUGUGGACAGGUGUCUUUUAUACAGGUAACAAGCUGAGAUUAGGAGCACUCCCUUUAAGAGUGUGCUCCUAAUCUCAGCUCGUUACCUGUAUAAAAGACACCUGGGAGCCAGAAAUCUUUCUGAUUGAGAGGGGGUCAAAUACUUAUUUCCCUCAUUAAAAUGCAAAUCAAUUUAUAACAUUUUUGACAUGCAUUUUUCUGUAUUUCUUUGUUGUUAUUCUGUCUCUCACUGUUCAAAUAAACUUACCAUUAAAAUUAUAGACUGAUCAUUUCUUUGUCAGUGGGCAAACGUACAAAAUCAGUAGGGGAUCAAAUACUUUUUUCCCUCACUGUACAUAUGUAAUGUUCAUUAUCUAAUCCAGUACAGAUUGGUCUGUAAUGUACAGUCUGUUUUACUAUAUCCACUUCCUUUGUAGUUCCCCGAUGCACAUUCUUCAGAAAUGUCUAGACCAGUUUAGACUUCAGUCGUUACAUAACAUACAUAGCUAUAACUCCAAGGUGUUACAUUCAAACCCCUAGAGGAUGGCUACUUUUGUCCUCCCAGGCAUAACACUGCCUAGCUUCAACACCCAACCCUGUGCUGUACAUACCCUCCAUAAUGGAGAAUGGAUUUGGAUAUCAUUGACAUCGUCACAUUGUUAUCCUAAUAAAGUAUCAAAUUCUCAUCCAUACAGCCCAUAUGAUGAUGAUUCAGAGCUUGUGGCUUUGCCGGGGCUUUGUAGCCCUUUAACAAGCAUCAAUACAGAGAGAUGCUAGAGGUGCUCAGCAGUACCAUCAGAAGGGCCAGUACUAAUUGGAGCUGGACUGACUGGGUAGGUCUUAUCUCUGGGAUGAAUUAUGCUCUGCAGUGAAUUGCAUCCAACAUAAUAAGGCAUUAUAAUGUCUGAGCCCCGGCCGUUACUCAGAAUGGAGCGAUUGUGGAGGCGGAGGGGUUUGCCAGAAUGCCCCACCCACCCACCCACCAGUAACCCCCUAACCCCCUAACCCCAACCCCCCAGAUAGCACAGCGCCAGAGUGUCUAGGGAUUCAACCAGAACCAGACCUGAUAUUAAUUUAAUGCUUUACAUUGAUAUAGCACGUUUCACUAGGUCUGAGUACAUUAGCUACAUUGAUAUAGUACCUUCAUAAGCUGUGUCUUAACAGUUUGAUUUUGUGUGUGUGUGUGUGUGUGUUCCCAGGUGCGUGUGAGGGGACCCUGGCCUGUUCCACCUGUCAUGUGAUCCUGGAUCAGAAGGUGUACAACCAGCUGGGGCCCAUCACUGAUGAGGAGAAUGACAUGCUGGACCUGGCCUUUGGCCUCACUGACACGUGAGUCACACACACAUACACACUCAUUCCAAAACACACAUUGGUGGGAAGAUGAUUCUGGCCUAUUAAAGGCCUCACAGACAAAUGAGUGACAUGCUUGCUGAUGCAUACACAUCACAUACUAUAUACUCUCUCCCACACACACACAGAACACCUAUGAACAUGUUGAGCCUGGCCCACAGCUUAAUCUGCUGAUAAAUCACAUUAUUUCAGGUAGGCUUCCAGCCAAUAGAGAUCAAGAGGUUCAGUUGCCGGGUGACAUGAGCAGAUUAAAGAGAGAACCACAGUUUGACUAAUUUAGGAUGAUUGUUUCUUUCCAAUUCACUUCACAUUAGAAUAUAAUUAGUUAGGUAUGAAAAGGGUACUAAUUCCCCUCAGGUGACAAAUCAAAUCAGUAUGAUUAUAAUGCAUAUCAAAUGUGUGUUUUCUCCUUGUAGUUGAGACUCUUGUCUGUCUGUAACAUUUAUUUGUCAUUUAUUUGUCAUGUAACCUGGUCAAGGCCAGAGUUUUCCCCUGGCUGACCUUUCACAUGUCUAACAUGAUUCUCUAGAACACAUCAAUACCAGACACUGACUGAGGGUUUCUCUACUAAUGAGGAUGUGCUUCACCCACAUGGCUCCUAUCCCAGUUUAAGACAAACAGUUUACACAGUAACUCACACAUUUGGAAUGAUAACAUAACAUGUUACGUAAGGUCUAUUCACUUUUUCUAAGACUUGGUGUUUGCUUUAACUGUCUGUAGCAUCAAAUUAGAUUUUUGUAGAUUUUUCUUUUAUAAAUGAUUUUGUCACAAAGUGCAUGACACCAGCCUGGGCCUUAACCCCAAAAGAGCCAAACCAAGGUGCUAGUGGGAAGGGAAUAGAUUUGACCACAUGGUUCCCUGUUAAUAAAGUGUGUAUAAUGACCUUGUCCCUGUACCUGCUGUCUUCGGUCCUGCAGGUCUCGUCUGGGUUGCCAGGUCUGCCUAUCCAGAGAUCUGGAGGGCAUAACGGUCCGUGUGCCAGACGGGGUGAACGACAUGCGGCGGUCUGAUGAUGCUGGACCUACACUGUAA